AUGCAUGAAACAAAUGAUCCGAUGCCUUUAAAAUCUCCAUGGCCCGAAUUCAUGGGCUUCUCAUUUCCACAAAGCCUCAUUGGCCAGUCACACAAGACGAGUGGUCUUUUCCAGCCGGACGAAGUCGAUGCCGUCAUCGAGGCUCCCGGCUUCUAUCUCGCCGACGACCUGGGCCAUCUCUUCAGCGGUCCCCUACCGUCCACAGACGAAGUUGCACAAACCCCCGGAAGCUCAUCCUCGUCACAGUCCUCCGACGGUUGCAGCUCCGGUCUCGAAGACGCAGUCGCAUGUCCUCAGUCUAGCAGUCGCAAAAUGGUGGCUUUGGCGCCGGCACAGCCCAGAUCGCCACCGAGCGCAGAGUCGCAGCUGCCACCAGGCUCGAGAUAUCACAAGCGCAGGGAGCAGAAUCGGGUGGCCCAGCGCGCGUUUAGACGCCGCAAGGAACAGCACCUCAAGGACCUGGAAGACAAGGUGGCGGUUCUGGAAGCGACUCGAGACCGCAUCUACGCUGAGAACGCCCGGCUGCAGGAGGACCUGGAGCGAGCGACCAUUGAGCACUCGCUCCUGCGGAACUUGGCCACGUCCAGCAGCGGAUUCGAUUGCGCCGACCGGUCUGAUGGCUCCAUGUCGUCUGUGUCCGCUCCAAGUGCGGAAUGGUUGGCGAGCCCGCCACAGACGUUACACUCCGAACCACACUCCCUUGCGGGUUUACGGCCGCGGUAUCGUGGACGUGAGCUGAAUGCGGGCCAGAUGUGGGAGUUUAUUACUGGCCACCGCCUGUUCCAGGAAGGACUGGCAGACGCUGACACGAUUGCGCGCGAGCUGCGCAGGUUCGUUCCGGGGAAUGGAACGGGGGGCAUCACAGAAGAUAUUCUCACCCACUGCAUUUACCAAAGCGCGAGGACGGCGGCAGGAGGGGUACAGUUGAUAGAUUAG